AUGAUUUUAUUAAAUUCCAGAUGAAAAGAUCAGCCUUGACUCAAAAGCUUACCCUCAUUUUGCAUAUCUGAAACUUUAGCUGAAGAAGCUAAAAUAGGUGACUGCAAAAUAGGUAUUUACACCAUCACAGAAAAUUUUGAAAAUUGUAACUAUCUUUUUGCCAAAUUCGAUCAAUUAAAAUCCGCAGUAAAAACACUCCGGCUUAAAGGAAUAUGAAAUAAAGUUCUGCCUUUAGAAUCUUUUCAGCAAUUCGGAGAAGCAAUUAUAAGUCUCUCCCACACUUUUGAUUUAUCAUUGAUUCAAAGAAUGAAAGAAAGUCAAGAAUCUAAUGCCCAAGCUAGCCUAGGUGCAAGAGCUUACCAUGCUCUGCAAAAUAUUGUUGGUGAGAAUAGAGCAAAGCAGUUAUCAGCAAGAUACAACAACUUUGCUGAAUUGGCUGAUGUUGGUGUGUUUGACUAA